AUGGAUGUGGGAGGUACUUCUCGUCACCAGCUUCUAUAUUGUUUCAUUGCUCCAAAGAGCACAUCUUCGACGAGGCCGAAGUACAGUGCCGCUGGCCGCGUUGUGAUGCUACUGUACGUGCAAAAUGGUCCAUGUGAUGAGCGAUCGUUUGCAGGUCAGAGUUUGCCGCUGGAACCAGUAAAUCCGGAGAGAUCACGUGAAAUGGUCCCCCAUCCCGGAUAUUCCAAAAAUGCAGCUAUUGAAGCUAUUCGGCGGCAUGCUUUUAAUUAUCUCCCUCGUGAUAUUACGGAUGAUCCUGAAGGACCAGUGACUAAAAGUAUUCGGUUAACCAGCUGUCUCAUUCUUCGAAAUUUGGCGCGGUAUUCCGGUGAUGGAAGACGACUUCUUCGCCGGCAUGAGCGUCUGCUUAGUUGGUUAUCAUUGUCGCGUCUGGAAAGCAGUUCAGCAUUAGCACAACUCCUUGCUGAAUUGUAUUGUCAGCCACCUUCAGCUUCACCUUUAUGA